AUGUGGUUGCAGCUCUUUCUCUGGGGCCGAGUUGGCCAUGCCUGCAUCCGCAUCGUCCAGAGCCAGAGCCACUUCUCCGUGGACUUAGUCGUCGCUCUCAUCUUCGCCACUCUGCUUUGGAAUGUGUUGGAGAUGCCGAGGGCCAAGCCGAAGGAGGCCUCCCGCCUGCCAAAGCCGUGGGUGCGAGGCGAGCUUCUGGUUUGGAGCUCCGGGCUGAUUGCGUCCCUGGCAGUGCUAGCAGCAUUGCUCACAUCCUCUGCAGCGGGCCCGCUCAGUGAGGCCAACCGCAGCCGACUGAGAGAGAUAUCCGCCGCCCCCACCUCCCGCGGCAACGUGCCAAGGCUCUUUUGCGCCAUGAUGCACAUCGAGAGAUCCUACCAGGCUCGCCGGGGCUAUGCCGAGGCAGCAGAGAAGACCUGGGCCAGGCACUGCGAUGGCCACAUCCUCUGGGAUGAGAACACGGCUGCGAUCGCCGCGCAGGACGCCGCCUCAGCGCUGGAGGACCCGCCUGUGGACUUCAGGCCUGCUCCCGCUGGGGUCGCUUUUCGCUGGCUGCGCACCCGGCGGCUGGUUCGCUACCUCCGGCGCCACGCUGCUGGAUAUGACUGGUUUCUGGUCUUCGACGACGGCGGCUUCCCCAUCGCGGAGAACAUCCUCCUCCUCACCGGCCGGUUCUCCGGCGACGAGGUCGAGGCUAUGCCGAUCCUGCUCUCCGACAGGAACAGGCCCGGGGCCUUUGGUGCGCUCUUCAAUCAAGCCGCUCUCCACGCCCUGGUGGCUUCGUUCGAUGACCCGCGCGGCGACUGCCUGGCGCCAACGCGCGAGGAGCCGCUGAGGACGCUGCAGGCCAUGAGCGCUUUGUGGCGCUGCGGUAGCGCGCUGCGCCGCGCCGGCUGGGACGCCGAGGAAUCGCUUCGGAACGUGCUUGGAUGCGAGGAUGGAGACGAGUCCCUGGUGAAUCUGAAGGUGCGCCCUGCAGGGGGGGUCUGCCGCCACGCGCUGAUGGCUUACAUGGUACCGGAGCCCAGCUGGAUGGCCGACAUCCACGAAGCAGUCUAUGGCUGA